UGUGUGGUGUGUAGGCCCAAUAUUAAUUACUGGGUUGUUUCUCGUUUCCUACUUUAUAAAUAUGAUUGUGUGCACAACACAACAUUAACUAGGAAGAAUGUACGUUCUUUUCUUUAUAAAAAGCGCUUUGUUGUGCGGUUAUAAAAGUCCUGAAUCAAGCGGGGACGCGCGGCGACGCGUGUGUGAUGCUGUGCGUGGUGAUGCUGUGCGUGAUGAUGCUGUGCGUGACGCCAUAGCGCGUGCCCGAUGCGUUGUGGGUGGAGGGGAUCCAGGUCGUGUAGGGAAUCAGGGACGAGGCCAGUGCGCUCCGAGUGAACAGGGCAAGAAGAUGGUACGGGUCGGUAGCGCAGUGUGCGGCGUUCCCGCUGUCUUUCCUCUGCUCUUCGUGGCAAUGGCGAUGGCAGCAUCCGAUCUGUUUGACAACCAACUGGGAGACAUCAGCUACUGCAAAAACCAGUGUCAGAUCACCAUCAAAAACAAAAAAGCUGCCAAAGACUCCAUAAUGAAUGCAUGCUACCGGGGCUGCCGGCUCUAUUCAAUUUGCCAGUUUGUGAAUGGGAACACAGGCUUCAACAACAGCAAGGAGGAAUGCCAGGGAGCAUGCCAGGAAGCAUACAGUAAAUUACUGGAGCAGGAGGCUUGUAGCACAGGCUGUACCAGCCAACCAGCUGAGCCUGAAAUCAAACGGAGGAAGCUCAAGGCCCUGACCAACCGCCCCAAACCAGUUUCAGUAAUGGAUGCUUUGUUUGGUUGGUGUAACGAUGUUGUCAGCUCUGCUCAAAGCUUCAUGUCCUCCACCUGGACUUUCUACCUGCAGGCUGAUGAUGGCAAGGUGGUUGUGUUCCAGAGCGAGCCAGAGAUUGAGUAUUAUUUACCUGAGUUGCAAGCCCCACACUCCAGUGUUGCAAACAAACCUUGGACUGAAGGAAAUCCUCAGACACAGAGGCUACAAUCUGGAGAGCGACUGCAUGGAGAGGGAAAUGAGCUUAAAGCUGAGAGCAAGGGAAAACACAGCAGUCAGCAUGUUGAGGACACGGUUGCAGAGCACGACUUCCUGGGCUGCAUGUCAAGGCGUUCAGGUCUGCCACGUUGGAUCUUGGCUACAUGUCUCCUGUUGUCAAUCAUGGUGAUGCUGUGGCUGAGCUGUGCCAGCCUGGUAACAGCACCUGAGCAACACGUAAAGACUCAGUUGAGCAUCAAUGGAGAUAAGGAGUUCCUAGACUACAUGCCAAAAGUCAACCCCUACCAUCUGACUUCAGUGAUUGCUGUAGCAGUUGGUCAUCAUGAUGAAGAAAAAGAGGCAGGGCCUCUGCCAGUCAAAGUUGACCUGAACAAAACCUCACUAUAAAAUCAUUAUAACGUGUGUAAUCUGUUAGUAUUUCUGUCCCUCAAUUAGAGGAAGAAAUCAUCACAUUUAAGUUUUUUUAAUAAAAAUGCAUGGUUUAUUUAUUCUUAUUGAUAUUCCUAUAUAUAGGAACAGGUUACACACAGUGAAGCCAUUGAGUAAUAAGUAAUAUUGAUAUAGAUGUUUAUUGUGUUCACUAGACAGUGCUGCUUUCAAAAACAUUAAGAACAUGAUUAACCAAGCUUUGAUUGUAGCACUUAAGGGAUUUGGGAUGCUAGGAUGUUCUUUGAACUAGAAUGUCUGUAACGCAGCCAAGGUACUCCUAACUACAGUGAGCAAAAGACAAACAUUGACAGCAUCAUUUUCAAUUUGAUUAGUUAUGUUUGAAUAGAGAUUUUGACACUUGAUUUUGCCACAACAGGAGACAGGCCCUACUCAUGGAAUAAUCAUGUGUACAUACAUGUAGUUAUUUAUUUAUUUCCAUCACUAAUGUAUAUCACUUAUGUAUAAGAUCUUAUUGUACUUUAUCUCUCAUUUAGAUGCUAAUAGAUAAGAUGCUGUGAUUAAGUAGUAUUUACAGAAAGCUUCUAAUAAGGAUUGAGUGAUACCUAGGUAAAGUAAGAAUGUAAAUAUCUCUUUUAUUCUUAAGAUUGUCGAAUGGGAUGAU